ACUAGUAUCAGUCACAUUUCUCACAAGAAACAAUAUGUUUAUUCUCAGAAGAACCAUUUCUUCAACUAACAGCUUCUCCACCAUUUCUCAUCAAACAUCUCAUUACAGAAAACAAAUCACACUCGCUAAUCUCUUCCUAUCCUUCGGUUUCCCUUCCUCUUCUCUUCCCCAUUUCCUCUCCAAAAACCACUUCCUCUUCAAUUCCGAUCCAUCCCACCUUCGCCAAUCCUUAACAACCCUCUUUUCCUUCAAAAUUCCACAGAAAAACCUAAUUUCACUUGUUCGGGAUUUCCCUUCUGUGUUGGAACCCCAAUUUCUACAUAGUUGGGAAUUGGGUUUUCCAAAAUUCAAAUCCAAGCUUUUUAACCCUUCCCCGUUGAUGAUAGCCAACUUAUUGCGGUGUUCUAGAACUUUCCAUUUAAACCCACUUGAAAUUUCCCGUAAAAUUGAGAUUUUUAGGGGUUUAGGGUUUUCUGAUGAUGUUUUGAUAAGGGUUUUGGAGGAAUUUCCCAGUGCAGUUGUAAUGGGGGAAACUCAAAUUGUUGGUGUCAUUAAUUUUCUUAUGGAAUUUAGGGUUCCUAAGGAUGAAAUUGAUAGGGUUGUUAGAUUGUUUCCUAAGGUUUUGGGAUUUUCUAUUGAGGAUAGGUUGAAGCCGUUGAUUCAUGAGUUGAGGGGUUUAGGGUUUUCCAGCCGAGAGGUUAGGGCGGAGGUUGUUAGGGAUCCAAGGAUUUUGGGAAUGGAGAUUGGGGAAUUUUCACGGUGUUUGAAGUUGUUGCAGAGUUUGAAAUGCAGAGAGGCAAUUAAAGAGAGGAUUUUUGGAGAGGGUUUGGUUAGGGCUUGUUUUGAAGUGAAGCUGAGAGUGGAUUGUUUGUGCGGUCGCGGUUUGAUUCGUAGGGAUGCUUUGAAGGUGUUGUGGAAGGAACCGAGGUUGAUUGCUUAUGAUUUGGAGGAUAUUGAGAAGAAGAUUGAGUUUUUAAUCCAAAGGAUGAAAUAUGGUGUUGAUUGUUUACAUGAAGUUCCUGAAUACUUGGGUGUGAAUUUUGAAAAACAGAUUGUUCCUAGAUACAAUGUGAUUGAGUAUUUGAAAGGAAAAGGUGCAAUUGGGUUUGAAGUGGGAUUGAAAGACAUUAUCAAACCAACUAGGCUUAGAUUUUAUAAUCUUUAUGUCAAGCCUUAUCCUGAAUGCGAAAAAAUAUAUGGCAGAUUUUCAGAAAAGGUUGAAGUUAAAAGAAAGCAUCCCGCCGGACUUUGGAAGAUGUUCCAACCACCGAAGUUCCCUCAAACCAGUAAAGAUGUGAAGAACAUGAAGGCUUUCAUGGACUCGUUGGUGUAGUGGUUUGUUCUAUGCAUAUUGUUAGUUGGAUGAAUGGUCCAUGAUUUUGAGUGUGAACACAUGUGUAGAGUUUACUAUUCAGUCACUUAUGCAAAACGAGUUUACGUAGAGUUGUACUAAGCAAAGAUAAGAAGGUACCAUAUGUCCUGCAUCACUCAAAGCACUGCAGAAAAGGGGGAGGGAGAAGAUGAAUAAACCUGAAAAUAGUUUUAAAUCACAAAUGGUUACUGUUGAUGAAUCUGUGAAUCCGCAUGUUCAGAGUACUCAAAAAGUUAAACGUAUGCUGAUAGAAGACAAGAAUGAUAAAAAUGUUGGCAGACAGAAAGACUUCAACCACCACAAGAAUGCUUGGAGCAAUAGAGUUGAGGCCAUUAGGGAGUUACAAUUUUCAUUAGUUGGGGAUGUUGUUGAUACUCAGCAGGAACCUGUGUAUGGUAUGCCUUCUUCAUUCUUUGCACGUUUUUUCUUUGUCUAGCUUGUGAGUUCUAGUAUCAAAGUAAUGAUAUAUAUGAUCCUUACGUUCAUAACUGCAUUACGAUCGGUAUUCUGGCUACAUAUGUUUAUAAACAUUAAUAUUAAUAUAGGUUGGUCCUUGUUCUGUAUUUUAGGUAUUUGAUAAAUUAAUGCUCAGCUUCUGAUAAUAUGCAAAGAAUGAAGAAGUCAUACCAUACACAGGUUCCUGAAGUGUAAAAUAAAAUAAAAUAAAAUUGAAGUGUAAUAUUUUUUUUAUUAUCGAAAUAAUGAAGUGUUUGGAAGUAAUGGAAGAUGCAGUAUUGGAUUUUCCCACACUAGUGUUUGUUCCACCCAAAAUAAACUAUCAUCUUCCUUUUCUCACUCACACCACGCCACGCCCAAUAUCAAUUUCCUGAAUCCAACCAACACAUCGUCUUCGUUGGGGUUUAUCUAUCACACACAUAAUUCAACCCUACUCUCAAACCUCUUCAUCCAAAAACUAACUAAAGCCUACUCUUCCCCAAUCACGAUUACAACCUUCUCUUUUUGUGAUUUACCACACACUCUAAACGCUGCACGUUUCUGUUCCAUUUCCAAAUGAAACGGUGCGUUUCACUAGCACUGGUGCUCUUCCCUGUUGCGCAAUGUCGCCAAUUGUGAACAUAAUUUAAAUUUAACAUUUUUAUCAAAUCUGUUAUGGUAUGUAUAUUGGUUCAUUUUAUUUCAUAUUCUUUGUUUCGAGAAAUUAAAUAAUGCAUAGGUUGAGUUAGCUCAUCAAUUAUUAUUGCUUUAUGUUUUAACUUGUUUUGAUUAUACUUGUUUAUGUUUUUUUUUUGUUCAGGGGAUUCUCUAUUAACUGUCAAGAUUGGUUUUUCAUUUAUUUUUCUGUUGCUUAAUUGGGAGUGUUAAUUCAAAUUCAAGAUCUGUGUUGCAUUUAUUUAAACAUGUAUAAUCAUGGGAACCAUGACCCUAAUUUCGGACAGGCUUCUGUUCCUCCACCUGCCCUACUGCCACUCCCACUUUCAUCGGGUCAUCAGCAGGCACUGCCACCUCCCCCAUCGCCGCCUCUUUUUCAGCAUUUUGCCCCACCACCACCUCACCGUGUUUAUUCUCAUGGAUAUGGACCCCCCACCACGCCAAACAUGAAUUGGUGGUGGACGAAUAUGAAGGUCCACCACCACCAAUUGGUGAUGAUCAAUAGGGGGAGCCAAGAUGUCUCGUGGUGAGAGUGAGCAAUAGGGGGAGGGACUCUGCGAGGACAAAUUUUGCAUAAUCGUCAUCUUCCUCCACCACCACUGGCCCCUUUUCGUUCUCCAUCAUCUGAUGGAGUUUAUUUCCAUUCUGACCAACUGCCUUCCGUUGCUCCUCAACAAUUGCCGGCCGCUCCACCACAAAUUCCGCCAUGUCCACCACCUCCUACCUCUAUCAUGACUUCCACAUCCUCCCAAGCUGCAUGAACUGAUGACCUGAAUUCCACGAAGGGUGUGGACUCAGUAGAUGGAUUUAUAGCUUCCUGUCCGUCUGAUAUUGCACCUGUACAUAAUUCUGACGCCAAUCAGGAUGGUGGAAAUUGUGGAAGGGUUGUGCCAGUUUCCCUCAGAGAGGGCCUAUUGCCAUCUAGAAGUGUGAUGAAUCUUCCCCCACCUCUGCCCCAGACAGCAGAAGAAAAUACUGUAAGCACUGAUUCUGACAUGGAGAUGGAAGAAAAUCAAAAGAUAAAAUCUGCUCAUUCCAUUCUGAUUGUUGGAGGAGGUCCUCUAUUGGUGUAGAACUUGCUGGAGAGAUAGCUUCUGAUUUUUCGGAUAUAAAGGUUACACUGGUUCACAAAGGACCAGGGCUAUUGGAAUACAUAGGUGAAAAAGCUGUUGAUAAAACUCUAAAAUGGUUGAAAUCUAAGAAUGUUGAGGUGAAACUAGACCAAGCAGUCAACUUAAACGGUGCCACAGAUGGACACCACACGAUAUCACGUACAGGUUAGGUGAUACUGGCUUUGACAUUGAUAGUAAGAGUGGUACUGCUGAACAUAAACGUGAGAAGGAAACCUCAAAGUUUGAACCAACUGUUCUGAAAGUAGAUGAAUUUGGGAGGCAUGAAAAAGUUAUACAGAUAGUGACUCUGAUCAAUCUCGCACUCAUCGGACCAGGAGGAAGAACAAGAGAGAUAGAAGCCGGAGUCGCAGCCAGUCUCGAUCUUCCCUAGACAUAAGCAGUAGGAGGAGAAGUAGUCCUCGGAGGAGAAAGGAUAAAGCCACUCUUGCAGCUGGUCUCCUUGGCGGCGUAGAAGCAGGAGUAGGUCUCCAAUGUUAAGACGCUCAUGGUGAGAAUGUGAGAAGGGACAAGGCUAAAUGCUUUGAUUUCUUACGUAGAAAGUGCUAUCGUGGAGCAUUGUGUAGGUUCUCUCAUCAUGAAUCUAACAAGAAUGCAACUUCAAGGCGCUCUAGGAAUAAACAUGAUGUGGAACUUUAUUCUCGUGAAAACAGUUCUGGGGUUAAUGAAGAAGUGAAGAGUAUUUCUUAUCAAGUGUCAGAUUAUGAGCAUGAUGGAGUUAAAAAUCAGGACAUAGAUCUUCACCAGAAUAUAACUGGCCAGGAUGUAGUGCAAAGAAAGAAAGAUUCUGAGUGCUGUGCUAUUGUGUCUACUACCUUUGGUAUUGAUGGUCAAUCGGUUAAUAGCAAUCCAAGCUCUAAAGGUAUCAGAGAGGUUUCUCCUAAGGUGCAGAGAACCUUAGUAGAGUUAGAGAAAAGCCCAAGACUUCGAAACAUGAAAAUGAAAGUUUUCAGAACGCAGUAAAUUCUCAUCAGCAGCACUUGGUUGAUGACUUUCAGCCUGAAGCUUUAAGUAGUGCUGAUGCUUCUAAACCAUCUGGUGGUACAUCUAAAGAUGUUAUUCCUUCAUAAAAUGGUUUAUUUGUUCAGCAACUACAAUCGAAUGUUUCCGUUGACGUUCUAGAACAUUCUGGUAGUACAUCUAAAGAUAUUAUUCCCUCGAAGAUUGUUCAUCUGUUCAAAAACUACAGUCCAAUGUUUCUGUUGAAGUCCCAGCUCUUUGCCAGAUUUAAAUGGUUCGUCAAAAAGUUUCCCGAAGCAUGAGACGACACCUUUCAGAACACAAGGCAUGUAAUAUUCUUUAAUAAAGUACACAUAUCUUGCAUUAUAGUAUGCGACAAAUGUCUUUUUUCUUUACCAAAAUGAAUUCAGUGUUCAUUUAUGUGUUCAUAUGUUUCUUGAUACUGUGAAAACUUGCAGUUACAAACAUCAUGCUCCAAUGUAAUUGUUCCUACAUAAUGCUUAGAUAUAUUCAUUGUAUCA